AUGGGCCCUGAUGCGUUUCUUCAAUUGUGUGAGAAAUUAAGAGCAACACGUCAAGUGAGGGAUACAAAACAUGUUACAGUAGAGGAGCAAGUUGCUAGGUUCUUGUAUAUAAUAGUUCAUAAUGUGAAAACUAGAACUGUUUCUUUUUUCUACCACCGGUCUGAAGAAACUGUUAGCCGCCACUUCCAUGUUGUGUUACGGGCAAUCAUUUUAUUAGAAGAUGAAUUCCUUCGACAACCAUCUGCAUCCAUUAUUUCUCCGGCGAUCCUUCACAAUCAUAGAUUUUAUCCUUAUUUUAAGGUAUGGACAUGUGGGGAAAGAACAGCAAAAGUUCUUAAGAAUGCAUUAUCGAGGGAUGAUAAUCUUAAACUUCCACGAGAAAAAUUUUACCUUGGGGAUGCUGGAUUUAUGCCGAAGCAUAGAUUAAUUACCCCAUAUCGAGGUGUAAGGUAUCACUUAAAAGAGUAUGCAAGACGUGGCCCAGAAAAUGAAAGGGAAUUAUUUAAUCUUCGUCAUGCUUCAUUGAGAAAUGUUAUCGAAAGGUCAUUUGGAGUUUUAAAGAAAAGAUUUGCAAUAAUCACAAGUGGCACUGAACCACAUUAUGACUUUAAAACUAUGAUUGAAAUUGUGGUAGCUUGUUGCAUAUUACAUAACUUUUUAAUGGGUGUAGAUCCUGAUCCACAUCUCAUAGCUCAAGUUGACCGAGAACUACAAGAAAAUAAUCCAGAAGAGGAUGAAGUAGUUCGAUAUGAACAAGAUGAAGACUAUAGGCGGGGGGCCAUAUUAAGGGAUGAAAUAGCUACUCAAAUGUGGGCUAACUAUCAAUUAGGGCUCUGA